GAUUGCCCACCAGUAUAUCUGCUUGACUCCUGUGUAUUCCCUCGCUGGGUGUAGGCUGACUUGAAUAAGUUUACAUUCCGAUACUGAGAAUUGCAUUCCACUGGGUAGUUCUGACGCACAAGAAGAAUGUGGAGGCCCAUACAAAGGGCAAGAUUAGGGACACUGAUAGAAGAGGCUUCUAUGCUCUGUGACUGCCUUUCGUGGAAAGCUCACACUGGCAGAAAGUGCUCUUGACCCAACUUGGGAGAGGAAUAUGUGGUCACAGAAACUUCGGACAAUUUGGCCUUACAACACCUGCAACACCCUGUCUGUUGUUUCAUUGCCUGUGGGUAUUUACGAAAACUAGUUUUGGCAAGCGUUCUGCAGGAAGUUUUAGGCGUGGCUGUGAAUGCAUUGUUUUAGAGCCUUCUGAAAUGAUUGUGGUGGACUAUAUGGAUGAAAAUGAAGAAUAUUUUCAGCGUCAAGCUUCCCAUAGACAAUCUCGAAGGAGAUUUAGAAAAAUCAACCAGAAAGGUGAAAGACAAACAAUUAUUGACACUGUGGAUCCUUAUCCCAUGGGCAAACCUCCUUUGCCUAGAGGCUAUCACACGGAAUGCACUAAAUCUCAGCUUCCUGCAGAUUUCACAAAACUGCAUCUUACUGACAGUCUCCACCCACAGGUGACCCACGUUUCUUCUAGUCAUUCAGGAUGUAGUAUCACUAGUGAUUCUGGAAGCAGCAGUCUUUCUGAUAUCUACCAGGCCACAGAAAGCGAGGCUGGUGAUAUGGACCUGAGUGGGUUGCCAGAAACAGCAGUGGAUUCCGAGGACGACGAUGAUGAAGAAGACAUUGAGAGAGCAUCAGAUCCUCUGAUGAGUAGGGACAUUGUGAGAGACUGCCUAGAGAAGGACCCAAUUGACCGGACAGAUGAUGAUAUUGAACAACUCUUGGAAUUUAUGCACCAGUUGCCUGCUUUUGCCAAUAUGACAAUGUCAGUGAGGCGAGAACUCUGUGCUGUGAUGGUGUUCGCAGUGGUGGAAAGAGCAGGGACCAUAGUGUUAAAUGAUGGUGAAGAGCUGGACUCCUGGUCAGUGAUUCUCAAUGGAUCUGUGGAAGUGACUUAUCCAGAUGGAAAAGCAGAAAUACUGUGUAUGGGAAAUAGUUUUGGUGUCUCUCCUACCAUGGACAAAGAAUACAUGAAAGGAGUGAUGAGAACAAAGGUGGAUGACUGCCAGUUUGUCUGCAUAGCCCAGCAAGAUUACUGCCGUAUUCUCAACCAAGUAGAAAAGAACAUGCAAAAAGUUGAAGAGGAAGGAGAGAUUGUUAUGGUGAAAGAACACCGAGAACUUGAUCGAACUGGAACAAGAAAGGGACACAUUGUCAUCAAGGGUACCUCAGAAAGGUUAACAAUGCAUUUGGUGGAAGAGCAUUCAGUAGUAGAUCCAACAUUCAUAGAAGACUUUCUGUUGACCUAUAGGACUUUUCUUUCUAGCCCAAUGGAAGUGGGCAAAAAGUUAUUGGAGUGGUUUAAUGACCCGAGCCUCAGGGAUAAGGUUACACGGGUAGUAUUAUUGUGGGUAAAUAAUCACUUCAAUGACUUUGAAGGAGAUCCUGCAAUGACUCGAUUUUUAGAAGAAUUUGAAAACAAUCUGGAAAGAGAGAAAAUGGGUGGACACCUAAGGCUGUUGAACAUCGCAUGUGCUGCUAAAGCAAAAAGAAGAUUGAUGACGUUAACAAAACCAUCCCGAGAAGCUCCUUUGCCUUUUAUCUUACUUGGAGGCUCUGAGAAGGGAUUUGGAAUCUUUGUUGACAGUGUAGAUUCAGGUAGCAAAGCAACUGAAGCAGGCUUGAAACGGGGGGAUCAGAUAUUAGAAGUAAAUGGCCAAAACUUUGAAAACAUUCAGCUGUCAAAAGCCAUGGAAAUUCUUAGAAAUAACACACAUUUAUCUAUCACUGUGAAAACCAAUUUAUUUGUAUUUAAAGAACUUCUAACAAGAUUGUCAGAAGAGAAAAGAAAUGGUGCCCCCCACCUUCCUAAAAUUGGUGACAUCAAAAAGGCCAGUCGCUACUCCAUUCCAGAUCUUGCUGUAGAUGUAGAACAGGUGAUAGGACUUGAAAAAGUGAACAAAAAAAGUAAAGCCAACACUGUUGGAGGAAGGAACAAGCUGAAAAAGAUACUCGACAAGACUCGGAUCAGUAUCUUGCCACAGAAACCAUACAAUGAUAUUGGGAUUGGUCAGUCUCAAGAUGACAGCAUAGUAGGAUUAAGGCAGACAAAGCACAUCCCAACUGCAUUGCCUGUCAGUGGAACCUUAUCAUCCAGUAAUCCUGAUUUAUUGCAGUCACAUCAUCGCAUUUUAGACUUCAGUGCUACGCCUGACUUGCCAGAUCAAGUGCUAAGGGUUUUUAAGGCUGAUCAGCAAAGCCGCUACAUCAUGAUCAGUAAGGACACUACAGCAAAGGAAGUGGUCAUUCAGGCUAUCAGGGAGUUUGCUGUUACUGCCACAGCGGAUCAGUAUUCACUAUGUGAGGUCUCUGUCACACCUGAGGGAGUAAUCAAACAAAGAAGACUUCCAGAUCAGCUUUCCAAACUUGCUGACAGAAUACAACUGAGUGGAAGGUAUUAUCUGAAAAACAACAUGGAAACAGAAACUCUUUGUUCAGAUGAAGAUGCUCAGGAGUUGUUGAGAGAGAGUCAAAUUUCCCUCCUUCAGCUCAGCACUGUGGAAGUUGCCACACAGCUCUCUAUGCGAAAUUUUGAACUCUUUCGCAACAUUGAACCUACUGAAUAUAUAGAUGAUUUAUUUAAACUCAGAUCAAAAACCAGCUGUGCCAACCUGAAGAGAUUUGAAGAAGUCAUUAACCAGGAAACAUUUUGGGUAGCAUCUGAAAUUCUCAGAGAAACAAACCAGCUGAAGAGGAUGAAGAUCAUUAAGCAUUUCAUCAAGAUAGCACUGCACUGUAGGGAAUGCAAGAAUUUUAACUCAAUGUUUGCAAUCAUUAGUGGCCUAAACCUGGCACCAGUGGCAAGACUGCGAACGACCUGGGAGAAACUUCCCAAUAAAUACGAAAAACUAUUUCAAGAUCUCCAAGACCUGUUUGAUCCUUCCAGAAACAUGGCAAAAUAUCGCAAUGUUCUCAAUAGUCAAAACCUACAACCUCCCAUAAUCCCUCUAUUCCCAGUUAUCAAAAAGGAUCUCACCUUCCUUCACGAAGGAAAUGACUCAAAAGUAGACGGGCUGGUCAAUUUUGAGAAGCUAAGGAUGAUUGCAAAAGAAAUUCGUCACGUUGGCCGAAUGGCUUCGGUGAACAUGGACCCUGCCCUCAUGUUCAGGACUCGGAAGAAGAAAUGGCGGAGUUUGGGGUCUCUCAGCCAGGGUAGUACAAAUGCAACAGUGCUAGAUGUUGCUCAGACAGGUGGUCAUAAAAAGCGGGUACGUCGUAGUUCCUUUCUCAAUGCCAAAAAGCUUUACGAAGAUGCCCAAAUGGCUCGAAAAGUGAAGCAGUACCUUUCCAAUUUGGAGCUAGAAAUGGACGAGGAGAGUCUUCAGACAUUAUCUCUGCAGUGUGAGCCAGCAACCAACACAUUGCCUAAGAAUCCUGGUGACAAAAAGCCUGUCAAAUCCGAGACCUCUCCAGUAGCUCCAAGGGCAGGGUCACAACAGAAAGCUCAGUCCCUGCCACAGCCCCAGCAGCAGCCACCACCAGCACAUAAAAUCAACCAGGGACUGCAGGUUCCCGCCGUGUCCCUUUAUCCUUCGCGGAAGAAAGUGCCCGUAAAGGAUCUCCCACCUUUUGGCAUAAACUCUCCACAAGCUUUAAAAAAAAUUCUUUCUUUGUCUGAAGAAGGAAGUUUGGAACGUCACAAGAAACAGGCUGAAGAUACAGUAUCAAAUGCAUCUUCGCAGCUUUCUUCUCCUCCUACUUCUCCACAGAGUUCUCCAAGGAAAGGUGGCAGUGGCAAUCAGCUGAGAUCUUUUGGCUCCGGGCAGUUGGACUUAACCAGUUCCUCCUCUUCUCUUGGAAGUGAGAACAGUAACAAGAAUAACAAUGCACCACGGACCUAUGGGAUAGGCUAUACUUUGGCUCCCAGUGGUACUGUGGAUAAUUUUUCAGAUUCUGGUCACAGUGAAAUUUCUUCACGAUCCAGUAUUGUCAGCAAUUCGUCUUUUGACUCAGUGCCAGUCUCACUGCACGAUGAGAGGCGCCAGAGGCAUUCUGUCAGCAUCGUGGAAACAAACCUAGGGAUGGGCAGGAUGGAGAGGCGGACCAUGAUGGAACCUGAUCAGUAUAGCUUGGGGUCCUAUGCACCAAUGUCCGAGGGCCGAGGCUUAUAUGCUACAGCUACAGUAAUUUCUUCUCCAAGUACAGAGGAACUUUCCCAGGAUCAGGGGGAUCGCGCGUCACUUGAUGCUGCUGACAGUGGCCGUGGGAGCUGGACGUCAUGCUCAAGUGGCUCCCAUGAUAAUAUACAGACGAUCCAGCACCAGAGAAGCUGGGAGACUCUUCCAUUCGGGCAUACUCACUUUGAUUAUUCAGGGGAUCCUGCAGGUUUAUGGGCAUCAAGCAGUCAUAUGGACCAAAUUAUGUUUUCUGAUCAUAGCACAAAGUAUAACAGGCAAAAUCAAAGCAGAGAGAGCCUUGAACAAGCCCAGUCCCGAGCAAGCUGGGCAUCUUCCACAGGUUACUGGGGAGAAGACUCAGAAGGUGACACAGGCACAAUAAAGCGGAGAGGUGGAAAGGACGUUUCCAUUGAAGCUGAAAGCAGUAGCCUAACGUCUGUGACCACAGAAGAAACCAAGCCUGUCCCCAUGCCUGCCCACAUAGCUGUGGCAUCAAGUACUACAAAGGGGCUCAUUGCGCGAAAGGAGGGCAGGUAUCGAGAGCCCCCGCCCACCCCUCCCGGCUACAUUGGAAUUCCCAUUACUGACUUUCCAGAAGGGCACUCCCAUCCCACCAGGAAACCGCCAGACUACAACGUGGCCCUUCAGAGAUCGCGGAUGGUCGCACGAUCCUCCGACACAGCUGGGCCUUCAUCCGUACAGCAGCCACAUGGGCAUCCCACCAGCAGCAGGCCUGUGAACAAACCUCAGUGGCAUAAACCGAACGAGUCGGACCCGCGCCUCGCCCCCUAUCAGUCCCAAGGGUUUUCCACCGAGGAGGAUGAAGAUGAACAAGUUUCUGCUGUUUGAGGCACAGGCUUUUCUGGAAGCAGAGUGAGCCACCUGAAAGGAGAGCACAAGAAGACGUCCCGAGCAUUGGAGCCUUGGAACUCACAUUCUGAGGACGGUGGACCAGUUUGCCUCCUUCCCUGCCUUAAAAGCAGCAUGGGGCUUCUUCUCCCCUUCUUCCUUUCCCCUUUGCAUGUGAAAUACUGUGAAGAAAUUGCCCUGGCACUUUUCAGACUUUGUUGCUUGAAAUGCACAGUGCAGCAAUCUUCGAGCUCCCGCUGUUGCUGCCUGCCACAUCACACAGUAUCAUUCCAAAUUCCAAGAUCAUCACAACAAGAUGAUUCACUCUGGCUGCACUUCUCAAUGCCUGGAAGGAUUUUUUUUAAUCUUCCUUUUAGAUUUCAAUCCAGUCCUAGCACUUGAUCUCAUUGGGAUAAUGAGAAAAGCUAGCCAUUGAACUACUUGGGGCCUUUAACCCACCAAGGAAGACAAAGAAAAACAAUGAAAUCCUUUGAGUACAGUGCUUGUCCACUUGUUUACAAUGUCCUCCUUAAAAAAAAAAAAAAAAAUGAGUUUAAAGAUUUUGUUCAGAGAGUAAAUGUAUAUCCAUUUAAUGAUCACAGUAUUAUUUUAAACCUUAAGUAGGGUUGCCAGCCUGGUUUCUGAAAAACCAAAUAUGCCGGACAGGGUGUGGCCACACCAAGAAGACGGGAAGACCUGGCUUGUGACCCUGGCUUCCCAUGUCCUUCUGGUCUCACCCGCGAAGUGCCCUAUCCUGGAAGUAUGAAAUGUUAGCCAAUUAAUACCAAGACACCUCAUCUGCUCCUUCCCCAGUGGAUGGGGUUCUUCUGUAAAACUGUUUGCACAUGGCCAGGGGAGGGAACUAGGACCCUUGUGUCCUGUCUGAGCCUUAUGGAGGCAGGACGGUGUCAUUGGUGGAUGUGUCCUGCUCCAUUGAGAUGGAUGGCAAACCCCAUUUUUAAGUUAUAUUUCUUUGAUUUUUGUUAAUUUAGAGGUGUAGGUUUUUUUUUUUUUUUUUUUUUUAAGAGAAACAUUUAUAACUGGAUAGCAUUGCAGUGAAAGCAGCUUGGGAUGUUGGAGCUAAUGCCAGCUGUUUAUACUGCUCUUUCAAGACAGCCUCCCUUUAUUGAAUUGGCAUUAGGGAAUAAACAAGCCUUUAAACGUGAUAAAAGAUCAAAAACCUGGUUAGACAUGCCAGCCUUUGCAAGGCAGGUUAGUCACCAAAGACUAACCUCCAAGUGGCUUUAUGGACGCUGCAUAUAGAGAAGGCCUAAGUGUAGCAACCAUCUGCUCACAGCUGCUAUUAACCCUAUAAUGACUGAAAUGACCCCUCCACUCUAUUUUUGUGUUGUUUUGCACAGACUCCGGAAAAGUGAAGGCUGCCAAUCUGAGUAGUACUCAAAUGUGAGGAACUGCUGGUCUUGGAUUUUUUUUCCAUUAAAUUCAGCUGAUCAUAUUGAUCAGUAGAUAAACGUAAAUAGCUUCAAAUUUUAAAAGUGGAAUUGCAGUGUUUUUUCACUGUAUCAAACAAUGUCAGUGCUUUAUUUAAUAAUUCUCUUCUGUAUCAUGGCAUUUGUCUACUUGCUUAUAUAUUACAUUGUCAAUUAUGCAUUUGUAAUUUUACAUGUAAUAUGCAUUAUUUGCCAGUUUUAUUAUAUAGGCUAUGGACCUCAUGUGCAUAUAGAAAGACAGAAAUCUAGCUCUAUCACAAGUUGCACAAAUGUUAUCUAAGCAUUAAGUAAUUGUAGAACAUAGGACUGCUAAUCUCAGUUCGCUCUGUGAUGUCAAGUGCAGAAUGUACAAUUAACUGGUGAUUUCCUCAUACUUUUGAUACUACUUGUACCUGUAUGUCUUUUAGAAAGACAUUGGUGGAGUCUGUAUCCCUUUUGUAUUUUUAAUACAAUAAUUGUACAUAUUGGUUAUAUUUUUGUUGAAGAUGGUAGAAAUGUACUAUGUUUAUGCUUCUACAUCCAGUUUGUACAAGCUGGAAAAUAAAUAAAUAUAACAUAAAGCCUU